AUGUCAAUGAAUGUUAGAGAGAGAGAGGGUAGAGAGAGCGUGAUUGUUGUGUUGGUUGGAACUAGGGUUUCCACGGAGAAGAGUGGAGUGGCGACGCUCAGGUGCGCUCUGCGUGACGUUGUACGGACGACCGAUGAAGUUUUGGUUCUGAUUAUGAUGGAUUCGGAGGGGGAUGCAUCGACGCCGUUGAAUGCUGCAGGUGGUUGUUGUUGUAUGGGAGAUGAACGGUCUGAUCAAUCUAUAUGUGAGGAAAGCGAUUCGUAUAUCAAUUUUGUACAUGAAGAGAUCAAUCAGAGAAAGGAAUUUUACAGGCAGAUCUUUAGACCUUAUUAUGAUAGAUGCAAAAGCAUUGGAGUUAAGUUUCAGGUGAAGAUAGCCACCAGCGUCGAACCACAGGCCUUGGUAGUGGAAGAGGCAAACAACAUCGAUGCCACUUGGAUUGUCAUGGACAGGUUCUUUUCUAGGGACCAAACUUUCCCAUUGAAUGGAACCCAUUGCAAUGUGGCUUUGGUGAGUGGUGAUGACGACAUUAUUACACACAAGAAUUUGCCUCUCCAUGGAGCUGAAACUUCAGUAGUUCAAGAGCUAAACCCCAAUCCAAAAGCUUCAAAGCCAGACAAGGGAUUAGUCUUACAAGAGAAGUCAAACACAAAUUAUCCCUUGCCUGUUUCUCAAAUCGAAUAUAGACACUAUUUUCCUUCUCUUGCUAGUAUGAUCACAGAAGUUGAAUCGUCAUCAAACAAAAGCAUUAGUCCAAGAAAGGUGGAGUUGCCCGGGAAAGGCUCUGUUUCGGAUGAUGAUAAUAUGUCCUCCAGUGGAUUUUCUAAAGUCAAUCUCGUGGUGAGAAUGCCAUUGCAACUAAGCUGGGCUGAGGUUGAAGAAAUAACAGGUGGGUUCACAAGAAUGACUUGCGUGGAUGAGAAUGACAGUUGCAAGUCAUAUUGUGGGUAUUUAAGUGAUCAUCACUGCAGAGUUCUGGUUAAAAGAUUCACCAGACAAUUUGACUACAAUGUCGAAGCUGAAAAGAAAGCAGCCUUGACUCUGCAUCACAACCCUCAAACUCAAGGAGGAUAG